AUGCCGAAUGCCAUCCUGUCUUUCGGCGGUCUGGAGUUUCGCAAAGCUGGCCAAACCGCUUUCGAAACAACACGCUCGGGAUCUACUAUCGGCGCCACCUACCGGAUACACUCCCGCCACCCUUAUCGACCUCCACCUCCUCGCCGAACACGGGCCAGCGACGACGGCGUAGGCGAGACUUUCCAAAGCGAGUUCGACGGAGGAAUCCUGCUGCUCACGUCGCCGUCGCCAGCAUACCGCGUCAGCAGCAGCAGCCGCAACAACAGCAGCAGCCGCAGCGUGAGGGCCACGGAUCCCGCUCACCCCACAGGAGAUGCCAAGCGGUACGAAGCCUUGCGCAAGAUGCAAAGCCGCAACAAUAAGACAGGCGGGGGCCCACAGGCCCAAGACACCAACAAUGAGUCUCCCAUCAGUAACACUACAUCUCUCCCCGAUCGCAUAGCUGUGAACACCGCCCUCCACGAAGCCGUCCGCAACCUCUCAGAAACACCUGAUGUAUUGAAUCACGAAAGGAGACUGGACGAUAUCCAAUCACAACGCCUACCAACUCCCACUAAGAGACGAAGAACCGAGACUGUUCCUCAUGAUGGAGGCCAAUUCCUCCCAGCAUCGCCUUCAGGCUCCGGCACAUCGGGUGCAUCCCCAUGGUCGACGACAGCUCUGCCCACUGGCAGAAUCCGCCUGAACGAGGAACCACAUGUUCCCAGUCCACACGCCACCGGUCCCUCCGUCACCGUCGAUCAGUUCUCCCCUUCAGCAGACAGCUACCACCAACCCAGCGAACACGACCCCGUCGGCGGCCUGCACACCCACCCGCCGAACGACGGCAUCCAAGAAGCCUGCCUCCUGCGAUACUUCACGGAGGAGCUCUCUCAAUGGUUCGAUCUCUGCGACGAAGAGAGGCACUUCCAGCUCAUCGUCACCCGCCGCGCGCGCGCGUGCCAGCCCCUACGCGACGCCACCCUCGCCGUCGCCGCGCGACACCUCUGUCGGCACCCACGGUUCCGCACGGAGCCCGGCGGGGUGAUCGUGUACCAGAACCAGCUCCUGCCAGACCUGACGCCGCAGAGCGCUAUCGAGUAUAUGCUGCGGUGCAUACCUGCCUUGCAUGAGGUCUCGCGGACGCAGGACGAGGAGUAUAGAGAGAAUCUGGCCGCAGCCGCUCUUAUUCUGCGUCAGUUUGAGGAGAUGGAUCCUGAAGAGGCGCAGAGCGCGACGAGCUCUGAUUUUGGAAAUGGCAUUGGAAAUGUCAACUUUCUUGAUAUCACAAAGGCAAUCUUGCGAGCUGCACCGUCGAGAUGGUCUGGGCUGCUGAGCGCGGUGUACUGGGUAGCGGUCAGACAAGAGAUCUACUUCGCCUUGACGCUGGAGCGGUCUCCGCAGAUUACAGCGCAACCGCCAGACUUGGACAGAGAUACUUGCUUCGCAAAUAAGCUCAUUUGGUUCAUGUCUGAAGUUGCCAAAUGGAAAAUGGGAGAAAGGUCAGGGGCUGAGUGGGAGAGGCUAAGAAACGAGGAGGAGGUUUUGAUCGUCGAAGCCGCCCGUCAAUUCAUCCCCAUCGUGCAGCGGCCUGCGGACAGGUCCCGAGGUGAGAUCUUUCCAUUGGUAUGGUACGGGUCAGACAUCGAGGUCACCGCUCUGCAACACUUCAUCUUGGCAAGGAUGAUUCUGGUGGCCGAGGACCCUAGUUUACAGUAUGAAGCCUCCCAAAAGCCUGUUUUGAGAACCCCCUUGCUGCUUGUUCGUUGA